AUGCCCCGUCUCUCCGGCCUCCAACGCGACGUCCUCUCCUUAUACCGCCAAUGUCUCCGCACCGCACGAAAAAAGCCCGCGUCCACACGCGAGAAUUUCAAAAAUUUUGCCCGAAGAGAAUUCGAGAAGAAUCUUGGAAUGGAUCGGAAAGAUUUUGGGGCCAUUGAGUUUCUUCUCAGGAAAGGGCAUAGGCAAUUGGAGGUUUUUGGGGCGGAGAAUAUAACCAAUAUCGUGGGGUGA